ACUGCCUGCAGGUGUUCUCCUGCAUACGGUAGUACUUUCCAAGGCUUAGUUCAGAAAGUGGAUCUGCGACGAAAUCCAGCUACGAAGUGGCUGCGGCAGGAAGACAUAAAAAACUGGCAAUCAAGAUGGAAAAUAACAUAACAACAAUUUCUCGAGAAGAACUGGAAGAACUAAAAGAAGCAUUCAGUAAAAUAGACAUUGAUAAUAGUGGAUAUGUCAGUGAUUAUGAACUUCAAGAUCUUUUCAAAGAAGCAAGUCUUCCAUUACCUGGCUAUAAAGUUCGUGAAAUUGUGGAAAAAAUUAUAGCAGUGACAGAUAGCAACAAGGAUGGCAAAAUCAAUUUUGAAGAAUUUGUAUCGGUUAUUCAGGAACUGAAAAGUAAAGAGAUUAGCAAAUCAUUUCGAAAAUCCAUAAACAAAAAACUGGGGAUUACUGCAAUUGGAGGAACAUCAUCCAUUUCCAGUGAGGGAACUCAGCAUUCUUACUCAGAAGAAGACAAGGUCGCAUUUGUUAACUGGAUAAAUAAAGCUCUUAAAGAAGACCCUGACUGCAAACAUUGCCUCCCUAUGGAUCCAUCAAACGAUAGCCUUUUUAAUUCACUUGCUGAUGGUAUCCUUCUUUGCAAAAUGAUUAAUUUAUCUCAGCCAGAUACAAUUGAUGAAAGAGCAAUUAAUAAGAAGAAGCUUACUGCAUUCACUAGAUCAGAAAAUCUAGAUCUAGCACUAAAUUCUGCAUCAGCUAUUGGCUGUACAGUAGUUAACAUUGGAUCACAAGAUUUAAUAGAUGGAAAGCCACAUUUGGUAUUAGGAUUAUUAUGGCAAAUUAUUAAAGUUGGGCUUUUUUCUGACAUAGAGAUUUCCAGAAAUGAAGCUCUUAUUGGUUUACUAAGUGAUGAAGAAGAAUUGGAGCAAUUAAUGAAAUUGUCUCCAGAAGAACUUCUGCUACGCUGGGUUAACUACCAUUUGAAUAAUGCUGGGUGGAAGAAAAUAAGCAACUUUGGUCAAGACAUUAAGGAUUCAAAAGCUUAUUAUCAUCUUUUGAAUCAAAUUGCACCCAAACGAGGCAACAAUGGAGAAACAGCCAUUGCCAUAGAUCUUUCAGGUUUUAAUGAACCAAAUGAUUUGAGGAGGGCUGAAUAUAUGCUUCAACAAGCAGAUAAGUUGGGUUGUAAACAGUUUGUGACACCUACAGAUGUGGUUGCAGGCAACCCUAAACUUAAUAUAGCCUUUGUUGCAAACCUCUUUAAUACAUACCCUGCUCUGCAGAAACCUAAGAACAAUUCUUAUGAUUUCAGUUUAUUAGAAGGUGAAAGUAAGGAAGAGAGAACAUUUAGAAACUGGAUGAAUUCAUUGGGUGUAACUCCUUAUAUUAAUCACUUAUACAGUGACCUUGGUGAUGGUUUAGUAAUCUUUCAACUCUAUGAAAUGAUCCGUGUACCUGUAGAAUGGAGUCAUGUCAACAAACCACCAUAUCCUGCACUUGGGGGUAACAUGAAAAAGAUUGAAAAUUGUAACUAUGCAGUAGAACUGGGAAAGACAAAUGCCAGAUUUUCAUUGGUUGGAAUUGGUGGAAAAGAUCUCAACGAAGGCAACCCAACUUUGACCUUGGCACUAGUCUGGCAAUUAAUGAGAAGAUAUACUUUGAAUGUACUAUCAGACCUUGGAGAAGGGGAGAAAGUAAAUGAUGAAACUAUCAUUAAAUGGGUGAAUCAAACUCUUGCAAAUGCAAAUAAGACGACUUCAAUAUCUAGCUUCAAGGACCAAUCUAUAAGCACUAGUUUGCCAAUAUUAGAUUUAAUAGAUGCUAUUGCACCAAAAGCAGUCCGCUCAGAAAUGGUCAAGAGAGAAGAUCUAACACCAGCAGACAAGCUAAAUAAUGCUAAGUAUGCUAUUUCUAUUGCUCGGAAGAUUGGUGCUUGUAUAUAUGCCUUACCAGAUGACCUGGUAGAAGUGAAGCCAAAAAUGGUCAUGACAGUGUUUGCAUGUUUAAUGGGAAGAGGAUUAAACAAAAUAAAAUAAAGAACAGUUUCUUUUCUUUUUUUGCCAUGAUAAACGCAUUGAAUGCCUCAUUGUUUACAGACUCAUAUAAAGCAGAUAGUUUAUAUAUAUAAAUGUGGAAAAGUAAAGAUAGAUUAUUUAAAAUGAUUUCUUUUUUAGUUAUCACUUGAAAUGUGUAUUACAUCGGUAUGCGAACUAACUUGGUUAACAUAAUGCAAUAAUUGUAAUUAACGUUACUAAGUUCAGCAGCUUUUUUUAACUUGUAUAUGAUUUUUCUCAGUGCAAAGAUUCCCAAAAUUGUAAAGUGCUAUUUUAGGAAAUACUGUGAAGUCAAAACUUUUGAUUGAUGAAAUAAAUUUCAAUUGUUGCUAGCAAAUGUCUCUUGCUAUGGUUAUAAAAUAAGGAGACAAUGUUUUCAAUAAAAGAGAAUAUAUGUAGCUCAGGGUUGAAUUGUGGAGUCCUUGGUCCUCUUGUCUUUGGUUCUUUGUAGAUGUUUCAUUACCUAAAUAGGUAACAUCAUUAGCACUAUUAAGUGUGGACUUUGCUCACUGUUUAUAUACAGUGUCAUAUAUAUCCUGCCAGUGUCGGUGGAAGUGUGGUUUUAUCCUUUGUAGUUCCUGGAUAUCCUUAUCAGCAGAGGAAAUAAUAACAAAUUAGAAAUACAAGUCUAUCAAAAACCAGUCCGUACUAACCAAGUGUUCCAUUACUAAAAUAAUAACCUAACCUCCCACGCUAGUUGCUGUAUAAGAACAUUGUUCAGAAGAGUACAAGCACUGCAGCAACCAAAACAUCAGAAAAAGGAACAUGCAAGCUAUGAAAAUAACUACCACACAUCAAAAACAUCUCAGAAAAACCUAUUACUCUAUAACAGUGUUUCUCAGCUUUGGUAACUUGAAGAUGUGUGGACUUCAAUUUCCAGAUUUCUCCAGCUAGCCAUGCUGGCUAGGGAAUUAAGGGAAUUGGAGACCACACAUAGUCAAGCUGCCAAGGUUGAGAAACGUUGCUCUAUAACAACCACAUAGCAUCAUCACAGCAUGUUAACCAACUAAAGACCUCCAAAACAUCUUAAGUAAAUAAAAAGAUCCAGUAGCCCAAGAACAAAAAAAUGAGAGUCUACAACAUAUACUGUAAGGACCAUAACAACCAUUACAUAGGAGAGACAAACAGAGCAGAUUUUAUGAUCUUAUGACAAACAGAGCAGAUUUUACCAAUCUAGCAAUCAAAAGACACAAUGAAACUUCUUAAUCUCACAAUACAUGGACAGACUCAGCUAUAGUUGCAACUUGGAAGUGGGGUAUCCUAGACAAAUCUAAAUUCAAAAACACUAGAAAAUUGCUGUCAGCUUGGAAGUCAGACAAAUCAGCUAUCACAGAUAAAUCACAUUUUUACACCAUUCAAAAAAGAUAAUAAAAAAGCUAAGGAAACAAAAAGAUCAGAAAAUAUCCUUCUAGUAGCUGAUAUCCAGAUAAGCAGGGAUUAACACCAACAAACCAGUGGCAAAGCUACUAUAUAUAAACAGAACAAAGUUCACACUCACUACCAUUGCUGAUGUUACCUAGUCAGAUAAAGACAAACAAACAAUCGAAUGGCACCAAGGAUUCCACAGACAAUGUUUAAAGCUGUAACAAAUCUUGUAUUUCAACUAUGAAUUAGGUAUUGAAAAGAAAAUGUUCCCUUACUAAAGCAACUUUAUUUUAUUAGCUUGCAGGUGUAAAUUAUCGUUAAUUGUUAUGUGAGUAUCUGUUCUUUAGACUGCUUGUUGGAAAAUAACUUCACAGAGAGAUGGUACAAACUGUAAAUAAACCUUAAGCACUGAUAAGGCUAGUGUGGGUAGAAUCAGUAAAAUUUGCUCUGAAGAGGGAAAAAAUACUCUGUUUCAAUCUCAAAUUCCAUUAGCAUGGUCAUGAAAUAAGACAUUUAUAAUGGCUUCAGAGUAGUAACUUUUGUUAAUUAAAUUGUACACUGUUUUGUAUUUCAAUUUCUCAGAAAAAGGAAUCUAUAGAGAGGACAGCAGUAUGUUAGUUAUCUUUAUGAAGCAAUCAGGGAUGUGACAAAGUGAAGAUAGUUUGAUAUAGAAAAGGAAUUUCGGUGUAUUCUCAUAGCUGUGCUUAUAUGCUUCUAUUACUAUUAGGAUAACCAUUAUACAUUAGAUGCAGGAUUGUACUGCUAAUCAACUAAUUAAAUAUUGGGAAUUAAAAUGUUUUUUAAUUCAUUAUACUGAUAGUUCAAAUUUACUUGUGCUGUUGAACUUACAGAUUCCAUUUCGGAGAUUUUUCUGUAGAAAAGUUUCUUCUGUAUUACAACUUGUACAUUUUAUAAAAAAACAAAAAAUACUAUAAAAAUCAAACUGUUAGGGUUUGCAGUUUAGAAUAAAACUAAUUAAAACAUGUUUAAUGAUAGCAAGAAAUAAAUGGUAUGUAUAUUGUA